AUGGCUUUUGCGACAAGUGCAGCUGCUUUCAACAUCAAGCCUACCACCACGUCUAGCGUGUUUGGCGCGCCGAAACAGCCCGCCACCAACGCUUUUGGAGGAGGCAACGCGUUUGGGCAAUCUACGAACUCGGUUUUCGGCCAGCCAGCUCAACAAAAUCAAACUCCGAGCGUGUUUGGGCAACCAGCAGCGCAAACACAACCGCAAGGUGGCUUAUUCGGCCAAUCUCAGGCCCAGCCACAAACGGGAGGACUGUUUGGCCAACAGCAACAACAGCAGCCAGCCACUGGAGGAUUGUUUGGGCAGCCACAACAACAACAACCUGCGACUGGAGGACUUUUUGGUCAAACACAACAACAACAACAGCCAGCGACAGGGGGAUUGUUCGGUCAAACGCAAACCCAACAACCUGCGGCUGGGACAGGUCUGUUUGGCCAACCUCAGCAACAACCCGCUACAACCGGCCUCUUCGGUCAAUCUCAAGCGCAACAGCCCGCAACAGGCCUCUUUGGUCAAUCGCAAACUGCUCAGCAACCCGCGACGGGUGGACUAUUCGGAAACACUCAAACGGGGGGAGGCUUGUUUGGAAACACCCAAAAUAACACGCAACAAACUGGUGGAGGGUUAUUUGGUGCAUCUCAGACGAUCCAACAACCUGCAACCGGAGGUUUAUUUGGUGGUGCUGGUGCCUCAGCAUUUGGUGCUCCCAAACCAGCUGGAUCGACUUUGUUUGGAGGUGGUGCGACACAACAACCUCAGCAGCAGGCUUCUACUUUAUUUGGCGGAGCCUCGACGACGACCAAUCCGCUGUUCGGUGGCACGGCAUCGACAACUACCAACCCAUUGUUCGGAGGUUCUUCCAACACGUUGUUUGGCGCGAAACCCGCACAACCUCAGCCAUCACAAGGCGCUCCUCCGUUCACAAAGUCAACCAAGUUCAACGACCUUCCAGAUAACAUCAAGAAGACUUUUGAGGAGAUCGACACACAUAUCCAAAGCCGCAUUCAGAUUAGCAAAGGCUUGCACGAACGCAAAUUGGGGGAAGAGGCGACGAAAGGACGCGACUUGAUUCGUGUGGUUCAUACGGAAAUCAUCAACACGGCCACAGCUAUCCAUAACGACUUCACCUUUGUGCGAGAUCUGCGGAACAAAACAGACACCGCAGUAGAGGACACCAUUGUCGCAACGCGUAUAAUCGACGGCUACAGAAAUCCACAUGCGAAUAUGGCCUAUCUCAAAGACCACGCUGGCUUCCCGCUAGAGUUCUUUACACGCGUAACCGAGCAAAUGCGCCAACGGCUGGCAUGGUACAAGUCCACCAUCGAGCAAAUCGAACGCAAGCUCUCCUCGUCAGCUGGCCAGGCCCAAACCCCGCAAUCAAUUCAUGCCACACUGCAAGCUCAGAACGCGACAUUCCUCGCGUUGGCAGCCAAAACGGCAGCUUUGGAUGCUCAGUUGCAGAAAAUAAAACAGCUGUAUGCUCAAUUGUUGCGGUCUCGGACUGGGAGCAACCGAGACCCAUUUGAAGGCGAUGCGGGCGACGGACCAGACUUGGGAUUGGGGUCAUUGAGAAUGUAA